UGUAAAUAGACCGGCACGUGUUUUCUUUUGCUGAAUGUUGAAAUGACGACCAAACAAUAUUUACAAUUUUCGCGAGGCCCAGUAUUUGGAAUUAUUGCUAGUGCUAGUGGUAAAAUAUUACAGGUUAAUCAAAGAAACAAUAAAGAUGAUUUCGUAGCAGUGCCGGCUUGUGAAAACAUAUUAAUAUGGAAUUUGCAAACCAAAGAAAAGCAUAUGGUUCUAAAUGGAGAAGCGAGUGCUGUUACUUCCCUGGUUACUGACCAUAAUCAUAGAAAUAUUGCCGUUGGUUACGCCGAUGGAAUGAUUCGUAUCUUUGAUCUACAGUUAAAUAAUUGUUUAGUGUCAUUUAUUGGUCAUAAAUCCGCUGUCUCGUGUUUGGCUUAUGAAAGUGAAGGCUCAAAUUUAGCAUCUGGCGGCAAGGUAUGUCGUAAUAUUAUGAUAUAA